AAAAAAAUUUAAAUCUUUUUUUAAUAUUAUGGCUCACAGAAUUUAAGAAAACGCAGGAAUGAUCAAUGAUGAGAAAUAAGUUGUCGAUAUUUAUGUACCAAGAAAAUGCCAAUAUACAAAUAUGAUCCUCAAUAGCAGCGAUUAUUCCAGUGUCUAAAUCAAUGUCGGAUAAGUUGAUGAGAACGGAGUUUACAACAAAAAGAAUAACACUGUCAUCUUGGCAGGAUAUUUGAGAUAAAAGGGAUAAAGUGCUGCAGCUUUGGAGGCUAUUCUUAGACAAAGAGGUGUUCUCCCAUUCGCAUAAUGAGACAUAUAUAAUAUAUACAUAUUAGUACAUUAAUAGAUAAAAA